GAAUUUUCUCGGAGAAAGACAGGCCGGGCGCGAGGAAAAAAGAAGGCGCAGCAACAUCUAAGCCCUUGAAAGGAUCCUGAGAAGGGGGGGAAGGGAAAACAGCAGCCACCAGCCCAACCACUUGUGUCUUCUGCCCCCCCCCACCUAUCUUGCCCCCCACCAGCCCACGCUGCUUGGGACUUGCAAUCUGUGACCGAAGGACCGUCACCACAUAACUACAAAAACAAUCAACCACCUUCCCUUCCUAAACCCACCCAGAUUCACUCAUCCAGCGUUUAAUUUUUUUUGAAUCCACUCAGAUUUUUUUUCCGCGGCCCCCCCGCCCUAAGUGGAGUUGGGUGGGGGGGGGAUGAAUACUGAGCUGGCCUUUGUUUUUUAAAGAGACUUUUUGAUCCAAUGAGGCCCUCCAGAUAAUUUGAGUUUUGGGUUCUGGUUGGUUGGUGUUUUUUUUCCUCCAAAAUUUUAAUCCCCUUCCCCCUGAGCCUGAGGUGCUGACGUCGCAAAAAAAUUGGAUAAAAACACGAUCAUGGGGUCGGGUCCUAUAGACCCCAAAGAGCUGCUCAAGGGCCUGGAUAGCUUCCUUAACCGAGACGGGGAGGUCAGGAGUGUGGAUGGCGUUUCCAAGAUCUUCAGCCUAAUGAAGGAGGCCCGGAAGAUGGUGAGCCGAUGCACUUACUUGAAUAUCCUCCUGCAGACCCGUACACCUGCGAUACUGGUCACGUUCAUUGACGUUGGUGGCUACAAGCUUCUGAACAAUUGGUUGACAUAUUCAAAGACGACCAACAACAUUCCCCUCUUGCAGCAAAUCCUCCUGACCCUGCAGCACCUGCCGCUCACUGUGGACCAUCUCAAGCAGAACAACACAGCCAAACUGGUGAAGCAACUGAGCAAGUCAAGUGAGGAUGAAGAGCUCCGGAAAUUGGCUUCCGUCCUCGUCAGCGACUGGAUGGCUGUCAUCCGAUCUCAGAGCAGUGCCCAGCCUGCUGCAGAAAAAGACAAGAAGAGACGGAAAGAUGAAGGCAAGGGCCGAACCACUCCUCCUGAGCGGCCCUUGAUGGAGGUGAAGCCUGAGACUCGCCCUGAGGAGGUCCCCGAGAAGAAAAAGGAGAAGCCCAAGUCUCUCCGAACCAUGGCACCCAGUCACGCCAAGUUCCGCUCCACUGGACUAGAGCUGGAGACCCCGUCUCUGGUGCCUGUGAAGAAGAACGCCAACACAGUGGUGGUUUCGGACAAGUACAACCUGAAACCCAUUCCGCUCAAGCGACAGAGUCCCAUAGCUGCUCCGGGAGAUGCUGCCCCCCCUGCAGAGAAGAAAUACAAGCCGCUCAAUACCACGCCCAACGCCACCAAAGAGAUUAAAGUGAAGAUCAUCCCGCCACAACCAAUGGAGGGCCUGGGCUUUCUGGAUGCUCUCAAUUCAGCCCCUGUUCCUGGCAUCAAAAUUAAGAAGAAGAAGAAGGUGCUGUCCCCGACAGCUGCUAAGCCGAGCCCCUUUGAAGGGAAACCAAGCGCAGACACAAGCACAGCCAAACCUUCUUCCCCCGAACUGGCCCCCACUUCUGAGGCCAUGGAAACGGAGCGUCCGGGCACCCCAGUACCUCCUGUUGAAGUCCCCGAGCUCAUGGAUGCAGCCUCUCUGGAACCCGGGGCUCUGGAUGUGAAGCCUGUGGAGAGCCCUGGCGACCCCAGCCAGCUGACCCGGAAAGGCAAGAAGAGGAAAACAGUGACGUGGCCCGAGGAGGCCAAACUGCGGGAAUACUUCUACUUUGAACUGGACGAGACUGAACGAGUCAAUGUGAACAAGAUCAAGGACUUCGGAGAAGCGGCUAAGCGAGAGAUCCUGUCAGACCGGCAUGCAUUUGAGACAGCUCGGCGGCUGAGCCAUGACAGCAUGGAGGAGAAGGUGCCCUGGGUGUGUCCCCGGCCCCUGGCUCUGCCCUCGCCACUGGUCAUCCCUGGGGGCAACAGCCAGGAGCGGUACAUCCAGGCCGAGCGGGAGAAGGGGAUCCUUCAGGAGCUCUUCCUGAAUAAGGAGAGUCCCCAUGAGCCCGAUCCGGAGCCCUACGAGCCGAUACCCCCCAAACUGAUCCCCCUUGAUGAGGAGUGCUCCAUGGACGAGACCCCCUAUAUGGAGACCCUGGAGGCCGGCGGGGCUGGUGGGUCACCUGACGGGGCAGGUGGCUCUAAGUUACCCCCUGUCCUGGCCAAUCUGAUGGGGAGCAUGGGCGCUGGAAAGAGCCCCCAGGGUCCUGGCGGCGGCGGCGGCAUCAACGUCCAGGAGAUUCUCACCUCCAUCAUGGGCAGCCCCAGCAGUCACCCCUCGGAAGAGCUGCAGAAACAGCCCGACUACGCAGACAAGCUCCAGCAGAUGCUGGUGCCACACGGACUCCUCGGCCAUGGUCCCGUAGCCAAUGGGUUCCCGCCUGGGGGCCCCGGAGGCCCCAAAGGCAUGCAGCACUUCCCCCCUGGCCCUGGAGGGCCUAUGCCAGGUCCCCAUGGAGGCCCUGGUGGGCCGGUGGGCCCACGUCUCCUGGGUCCCCCACCCCCUCCCCGGGGUGGUGAUCCCUUCUGGGAUGGCCCGGGUGACCCCAUGCGGGGUGGCCCAAUUCGAGGGGGCCCAGGACCUGGUCCCGGCCCCUACCACAGAGGACGCGGUGGCCGAGGAGGAAAUGAGCCUCCCCCUCCUCCUUUCCGUGGCGCCAGAGGAGGACGCUCUGGAGGAGGACCCCCAAACGGACGAGGGGGUCCCGGUGGGGGCAUGGUUGGAGGUGGGGGUCAUCGCCCCCACGAAGGCCCUGGCGGAGGAAUGGGCGGGGGCAGCGGACAUCGCCCCCACGAAGGCCCUGGCGGAGGAAUGGGCGGGGGCAGUGGACAUCGCCCCCAUGAAGGCCCUGGCCAUGGGGGGCCCCAUGGCCACCGGCCUCACGAUGUCUCUGGACACCGAGGCCACGAUCAUCGAGGGCCACCCCCUCAUGAGCACCGUGGCCACGAUGGCCCGGGCCACCGAGGGCACGACGGAGGCCACGGCCACGGAGGAGACAUGUCAAACCGCCCCGUAUGCCGCCAUUUCAUGAUGAAGGGCAACUGCCGCUAUGAGAACAACUGUGCCUUCUACCACCCGGGCGUCAAUGGGCCCCCCUUGCCCUAGGGACCGCCGCCCGCCCCACCCACACCAUCCCUGUGGACUACAGCCCGGCUCCUUCCACCCUGUUAUGGCUUCUGUGAGGCCCAUCUCCCCCUCUCCCCAGCUGAGGAGGAGCCAGCCCCCCGUUCCCGCCCACUUGGGGUCUUGGGGGGUUUCUGAACACUGGUGCACAUUGGUGUGCAUUGUUCCCCGGUGGGGAAGAGAGAGACUGGACAUAUUCUGUACCCCUGGACUGCUCAAGAGAAGACCCAGUUGACUUCGCUUUUUGAGGAGAUUUGCCCUGUACCCCAAACCCCCUUCCAGUAUUACCCUUCAUGCCUGAGAGCUGAAAGCUGGCUUCCCUGCUCUCCUGUGGUGGAUCCCCCACGUGCGCACAGACUUCUGCCAUGGGACCCGCCGCACUUAGGACAUCAUCCCAGCCGAGCCCGUUGCUCCGAGGGGCUGGGGAGGGGCUGGGGCGGUCUGUCCUAUGCUCUGAGAGGGCUCUGUCGGGCUGGAUCUGAUUCUGGAACCAUCAGCCCCACGCCGCCCUCUGCAUCAUGGGCUUUCUCAAGACCACCGUCCGUGAACACCCAUGGGCAUAGGGGUCCACUAGGCCCCCAAUGGCGGCUGAGUUGCAUCUCUCGGCAUCCAGUGAGUUUUCGCGGGCACGAGUCAGGCCCAUAGGGGUGCCUGGUCUUUGAAACCACUCUGGAGACUUGGAAGAACAUGUCCGUGAGACCAACUUGAGCCCGCAUGCUGGGCUGACGUCACACUACACACACUGCCUCUGGGGAGCCAGCCUGCUCCUUCUCCACCCGGAACCUUGUCCUAGGGAGGCUUCCAGCUCCCUGUCUCUGGCAGCCAUCGAGUCCCCAAAGUGUCCCCUUGGGUGGGCUCAAGAUGAGCUUGCCCUCUCCUUUACCUGUCUCGGCAUCAGUUGUUUUCUAUGAAAACAGUGAAUUGGUUGGGUUUUGUGCAGGGUCAUGGGUUAGAGCCACAUGGAUUUGAGGAUGAAUAUUUUCUUUUUCUUUUUUGGUUUUGUAUAUUUUGUACAUUAAUAAACAGGAGAGAGAAGCAGCUUAUUUAAA